AUGCGCCAAAAUGGCGGAUCAUCCCUUGGCUGGAGAAAAUGUCCAAAACCUUCCGUUUACUAUCCACAAAUGGUCCAGCUUCUCUGCUAAYUACUAUCCAGAAAACAUUUUAGUGGAUAAACCAAACGAUCAGUCUUCAAGAUGGUCUUCRGAUAGCAACUAUCCUCCCCAGUUUUUAACAUUAAAGCUAGCAAGACCUGCCAUUCUUACUAACAUAACAUUUGGCAAAUAUGAGAAAACUCAUGUAUGUAACCUGAGGAAGUUUAAAGUGUAUGGUGGGCUGCAUGAUGAGCAUAUGAUCGAACUUCUUCAAAGUGGCCUAAAGAAUGACAAUGUCAAAGAAGGGUUUGGGCUUCGACAUGAACUGGAGGAAAAACCAUUUCCUUGCAGGUUUAUUAAGAUYGUACCUAUAAUGUCAUGGGGACCAAGCUUCAAUUUCAGCAUCUGGUUUAUUCAACUAUCAGGAGUGGAUGAUCCAGUCAUUGUUAACCCUAGUCUUGAGUGGUUCAAUACAUAUCGUGAAAGAGAAGCCAUCAGGCUUUGCCUAAAGCACUUCAGACAACACAAUUACACUGAAGCAUUUGAGUCCUUACAGAAAAAGACAAGAAUAACCCUUGAACAUCCCAUGUUGACAGAGCUUCAUGAAAAACUUAUGAAGACCUCAGUUCCUCAAGGCCAGGUAUGCGAGGUGGCCACCAAAUGGUCAUAGACACAGAUGCGCAGCAAAUCUAUUUACUUGGUGGCUGGGACGGCAUGUCAGAUCUGUCAGACUUCUGGGUAUACCAUGUAGAGACAGGACAAUGGYUGUGCUUGUCCAGGAACACUGAGUUAGAUGGUGGUCCUUGCGCUCGGUCCUGCCAUAAAAUGUGCCUUGAUAAGGACAGAAAAUUGAUUUAUACACUAGGACGGUAUUUGGAUUCUGAAAGCAGGAAUACCAUGCCACUAAAGAGCGACUUCUAUGUAUAUGACAUCACAGCCAAUCAGUGGACACUAAUUAGUGAUGAUACAGCUGCUAUGGGUGGACCACCUUUGAUAUUUGAUCAUCAGAUUUGUAUGGAUGUCACAAAAAGUACUAUCUUUGUAUUUGGAGGCCGUAUCUUAACCAGUUCAUCUAGUGAUGAAAGAACACCAGAACCAGCGUUUAGUGGUUUGUAUUCUUAUGACUGUCAAACAAGCACCUGGACAAAACUAAAAAAUGACUGUCCAGAACUUAGAUCAAGAAUAGGGCACUCCAUGCUUCUUCACUCUGAAAAAAGGCUAUUGUAUAUAUUUGCUGGGCAAAGAGGAAAAGAAUUUCUUAGUGAUUUUUUACAAUAUAAUAUUGAUACACACGAAGUCAAAAUCAUACUGGAUGGUCAUAAGAAGGAUGCUGAUCAAGUUCCAGCACCUGGGUUUACACAACGAGCCACAAUAGACCCUGCAUUAGAUGAAAUCCACGUACUUUCUGGGUUGAGUAAAGACAAAGAGAAACGUGAAGAUGUAGUUAGAAACUCUUUCUGGGUUUACAAUAUCAAUAACAAUAAAUGGUCAUGUGUUUACAAGAAUGAGAACAUUGGUCAGCAAUACUGGACCAAGAUGCAAACUGUUGAGCCCUGUCCUCGGUUUGCUCAUCAGCUUGUAUACGAUGACAAUCAUAAAGUCCACUAUUUGUUUGGUGGGAAUCCAGGCAAAGCCAGUCUUCCCAAGAUGAGGCUUGAUGACUUCUGGUCACUCAAGUUGUUCAGACCUAGCAAAGAGCAGUUGCUUCGAAAAUGUCAAUAUUUGAUUCGACAGCAAAAGUUCUUCGAGUUAGCGACAGUAGAUCCAAUCUCAGCAUUGCAGUAUCUACAGAAUGAUCUAUCGCAAACAGUUGACCAUGACGACACCGAUGAAACUCGAGAGGUAAUGAAUACAUUUAAGUAGAAUUACUUCAAAGCUCUGCAAAUUAAUA